AUACAUUAAUUCUUCUACAUAUUAAAAAUUAAUUAACAUGGCCUCAUUUAAGCAAGCUUUUCUCUUCAUUUCUCUCUUUGUUGCAAUUUCAGUUUAUCUCUCUUGGGAUCCAAGUAAAAUGCAAGUGAUGGCACUACGAGACUUACCUGGUGAUUUUGAAGAGAUAAAAGGAAAAUUAUUUCAAAUUGAUGAUAUUACGACUUGUGGGCAUCGUUGCAAGGGUCGUAGUGAUUGCAAAGAAGGUUUUAUUUGUUCAACUUGUCUUAAAAUUGGAAAGGUUUCUUAUUGCGUAUAAUAUAAGCACACUUUUACUGGUGAAAUAUCCUUUUGGAGCAGAAAAUAUUAUUGUGUCCAAUGAAUGAGCUAUUAAUUGUGUAUUAUGUCUUCGUGUUUAUUCAAGCAUUUUAAAUAAUGUUGUGUUCACGAAGUUUGCGUAAUAAAAUAAAUAUGUAACCCUUUGUAAUA